UCUUGUUCCUCCACCACCCAACACCCCCCUCCUCCCCUUAGGGUUCCACCUUCUCCUUCAUAAAAUCCAUUUCGAUUUCAAUUCAAUCAAGAUUCACACCACAAUCUAACAAGUUUCCCCAACAGGGAAAGCAAAACCGAAGGCGCCCAUCUUUUGAUUUCUCUCAUUUUCCCAGAUUUGAACAAGAAUCAAGAAUCUGUUCUUCGUAGAUUUGAAUUAAUUUCAAAAAUAAAAGAUAAGCGCCCAUGCUUUGAUUUGGGUGUUGUUGAUUUUCCUGAGUUGUAUGAUUUUUGUUUAUGCUUUCUAUUUGGGCGUUUUUUAUACAGCUUACUUCUCAAGAUUUCGGGUAACCUAAAAGAUUGUUGUUUAUUUAUUUAUUUAUAGAAAUUCAAGAUUUUCUUGGAGAAAACCUAUUUUGGUACUUUGUUGAUUAUGGUAGAAUUGCAUUAUUUUGGGGUUUGAUUUUUGGGGGAUUUUGUGCAAGAAAUGUGGGAUGUUAGAAGGGUUGAUGAAUCUGCUUUCUGUGUGUUGGAAGCCAUUCAUUAAGGGUGACAGUAGCGAAACUGGUGCUGCUGUUGGUGUUAAUGGUAAUUAUAAUGGCGAUGGCGAUGACUUUGAAAAGGAUGGGCUUUUAUGGUUUCGGGAUAUUGGGAAAUAUGGCAGCGGUGAGUACUCGAUGGCCGUUGUUCAGGCGAACCAGGUGCUCGAAGACCAGAGCCAGAUCGAGUCUGGUUCUUUCGGAACAUUUGUUGGGGUCUAUGAUGGUCAUGGAGGACCUGAUGUGGCUCGAUACGUUUGUGAUAAUUUAUUCAGGAAUUUUCAAGCAAUAUCUGCCGAGGAUUAUGGUGUCGUAACCCCAGAGACUAUAAGAAACACGUUUCUUGAAACGGAAAAUGGAUUCACUGCUGUAGUAUCCGAGUUGUUUAAUGUACGACCAAGCAUAGCAACCGUUGGAUCAUGUUGCUUGGUUGGAGUAAUAUAUCAGCAGACUCUUUUUAUUGCAAAUCUUGGAGAUUCCCGUGUUGUGCUUGGUAAGAAAGUCGGUAACACUGGAGGUAUGGCGGCCAUACAAUUGUCAUCGGAGCAUAAUGCCAAUCUUGAGGAGGUUAGACACGAGCUAAAAAGUUUACACCCACAUGAUCCACAAAUCGUUGCCUUGAAGCAUGGAGUUUGGAGGGUCAAAGGCAUUAUUCAGGUUUCAAGAUCCAUUGGGGAUGUUUAUAUGAAACAUUCAGAGUACAAUACUGACCAAAUUGCACCAAAAUUCCGGCUUCCUGAAGAAGUGGUUAUGCCUAUCUUGUCGGCCACUCCAUCAAUCCUUACUCAUGCUAUCCAGCCAAGCGAUUCUUUUCUUAUAUUUGCUUCUGACGGUUUAUGGGAACAUUUGAGUAACGAAGAAGCUGUGGAGAUCGUUCACAAUAAUCCACGUGCCGGGAUAGCCAAGAGGCUAGUGAAAGCUGCUCUACACGAAGCUGCAAAGAAACGAGAAAUGCGAUAUUCUGAUCUGCGUAAGAUCGACAAGCGGGUGCGGCGACAUUUUCACGAUGAUAUAACUGUAAUUGUAUUGUUUCUAAACUAUGAUCAGAUAUCCAGAGGCUCGGCUAAUGGUCCUAACGUCUCUGUUCGAAGUGCAUUGGAACACUAAGAGUUUCUCGUCAUCUGUCUGUCGAUAUAGAGUUUGAUUUUAUCAACGAGGCUACGAGUUGGAAAAAAAACAAAAGAAAAAAAACAAAACAAACAUUGGGGAAUUGGAUGUUGAAUCAUAAGUUCUUUGUAAUAUCAUUACCAUGAUGUUAUCAUCUUACUAGUACCUACUAUAUUACUACUACUACUACUACUAUAACCAUUCAUAAAUCUAUUAAUUUUCCCAUUCAUUUCUCUAUUUUUGUUCCCAAUAACAUUACUCUUUUUGCUUGCAUGUAA